AUGUCGGCCCAGGCUCCCCAACAGGUCCAAUGUUUCGGCAAGAAGAAGACGGCUACGGCUGUAGCGCACUGCAAGGCGGGCAAGGGCUUGAUCCGUGUCAACGGCAAGCCUCUCGGUCUCGUGGAGCCACAGAUCAUGAGGUUUAAGGUGUAUGAGCCGGUGCUCAUCCUCGGACUCGAUAAGUUCUCUGAGGUCGAUAUCCGAGUGCGCGUACGCGGCGGUGGACACACAUCCCAGGUCUACGCCAUCCGACAGGCCAUUGCCAAGAGCAUUGUCGCCUACUACCAAAAGUACAUCGACGAGCACAGCAAGAACCAGCUCAAGCAAGCCCUUGUUGCCUACGACCGUACCCUCCUCGUCGCCGACAACCGCCGCUGCGAACCCAAGAAGUUCGGUGGUCCCGGUGCCCGUGCGAGGUACCAGAAAUCUUACAGAUAG